UGUUAGUCGAUCUUCGGAGCCGAGGACGUUAAACGACACCGAACUCGGCAGCGGUGGUCGCUAGCGGAGCUCCGCGGGAAUAAAAGCGUGAUGAAUGUUGACGGUUGAUGAGAGAAGUUCCGGAAGCAUCGCGAGAAAGAAAAAGCCGAAGCAGAACAAUAAGGAGAUGAUCCGGAGUCGCGCUGGUUUCACUCGACGAGGAGCAGCACGCUCCGCAGCGAUGCAGUGAGGAUGGGCUCAGUCGAGGCUCAGUCGUUCGGAGCAGGUGGUUAAGCACCGGAAGGAUGCACUUAUCUCAUGUCUGCAGCAACAAGACCUGCUUCCUCCUGUCCCUGGCUCUCUGUGGUCUUCUGGUGCUCCUCAUUCCCUCCUUACAGGCUCCUCAGCGUCAGACGGACCUGCCCAGACCCGCCGGAGCCACACGCAGACACGCUGCUCUCGUUCGGCCGCCUCAAACCCGCUCGCCCGGGUCCCCAUCCAGAGACUCCUCUUUAGAUCUCAGAGACGUUUUUAUUGCUGUUAAAACCACUCGGAAAUAUCACAAGUCCAGACUGCAGCUCCUGUCCCAGACCUGGGUGUCCAAAGCCAAGGAACAGAUCUUCCGAAGAGUAUGUACAGAUGAUAAAUGUACGUUUAUCUUCACUGAUGGAGAGGAUAAGGAGCUCCGACAGAAAGCAGGGCUGAACAUCAUCAACACUAACUGCUCGGCGGCGCACACUCGUCAGGCUCUGUGCUGCAAGAUGUCUGUGGAGUACGACAAGUUCAUCGAGUCACAGAAAAAGUGGUUCUGUCACGUGGACGAUGAUAACUACGUGAUCCUGCCCAGUCUGCUGGAGCUGCUGGCGUCUUACUCUCACAGUCAGGACGUGUAUCUGGGCCGACCCAGUCUGGAUCAUCCCAUAGAGGCGUCCGAGAGGGUCAAGAGCGACGGAUCGGUCUCGGUGAAGUUCUGGUUCGCCACCGGAGGAGCCGGGUUCUGCAUCAGCCGGGGCCUGGCGCUCAAGAUGAGUCCGUGGGCCAGUCUUGGAAACUUCAUCACGACGGCGGAGAAGAUCCGUCUCCCGGACGACUGUACGGUGGGUUACAUCAUCGAGGCUCUUCUGGAGGUUCCUCUGACCCACACCGGCCUGUUCCACUCUCACCUGGAGAACCUGCAGAGACUGCCCACAGACGGCCUUCUCCAGCAGGUGACCCUGAGUUACGGAGGCUUUGAGAACAGGAGGAAUGUGGUCAGUGUCGGAGGAGCGUUCUCAUUGGCUGAAGACCCGACACGGUUUAAGACGGUUCACUGCCUGCUCUACCCCGACACAGAGUGGUGUCCAGACAAGACUCACCCCUGACCUCUGGGACACCGGCGGCCAUAAACCUCUUCAUACCAAAAUAAUACAUGUGUAAAGACUGUUAAAGGAACGGUUUACCCAAAAAUAUAUAUUUGAUGGACGUUUACUCGCCCUCAGGCCAUCCCAAAUAGUUCUUCAUCAGGUUUGUAGAAAUGCGUCUCUAAUGGAUGUGAAUGGGUGCCGUCAGAAUGAGAAUCCAAACAGCUGCUAAAAACACCACAGUCCACAAACAAAUCAUUUUGGACCGUUUUGGGUUGGUCUGUGCACAAUAUUUUUGUUUAGUUGACCCAUAUUUUAACUGGUUUGAUCAGGUUUCUCUGGAUGUUAACUGAUGGACCGGAGUGCUGUGGAUUAUAGUUUUUAUCAGCUGUUUGACUCUCAUUCUGACGGCACCCAUUCACCGCAGAGCCGAUCCGGGGCGGCCCGAGGAUGAGCACAUCAGCUAAUGUUCACUAUUUUCAACUUGUUUUUUACAUUUUAUAUGGUUCAACAGGGUGGCUGUAAUUUAUUAAAUGCAUAUUUGUUCUGAAUUAUGUGGGAAUUGCCAAAUGAUUUGGACACAAACGAGUCCCUGUCGUAAGAGUGUUUUGACAGUAUUGCGCUUUCUCUCAGAUUUACUGCCGGAUUUUUUCCUUCUCGCUGUUUAAUUGAUUCAAGACACAUUUCUGCGGCUUUUACAUCAUCUUUAUAGAGUCUUUUUUUCCCUCGUGACCAUAGCAUGCCCUCAGAAGCCUGUAAAUGUGUGCAAAAAGAAGAACAGUGUUGAUGCAGUUUUAUAGUAUUGUGUUUUCCGUAUUUCUGCAGCUCUUCUUCUUCCAAGGCCUUUCAGCUCGUCUUCUUCUUCAUUCAUGAAGGGUCUUUUUAGACACACAGCACACAUAUAUAAGACCAAAAAGCAAUUAUCACUUCAAGUUUUAAUAAUUUAUCCGAUCGUAGUUGAAUUAUUUCCAUUGAAACACCAGUGUGAGUGUGAUGAUGAUGAUGAUGAUGAUGAUGAUGAUGAUGAUGUUAAAUAUUGAUGCUUCUGAUAUUUGCACAAACACAUGCUUCACUGCAGGCCAGUGCUUUCUGAAAACUACAUGACUCCUCUUUCUUGAACCGUGACAGACGUCCUGCUCCGUCGCCGUCCCUAACGCCGUCGCGCUUGACUGCUUUUCGUACCCGAUUUUCUUUUUUGAUAAACUGAUAAUGAUGUAUGUUUUUCAUUUUAAUAAAUUUAUUUAUUAUGCA